CGACUCACAUUAAAUUCCAAGAUAUACCGUCAUUAACACCUACCAUACCGGGCAUUUCUCCGCGCAGUUAUCUCGCCUGUCAUUUUCUUUUUAAUUAAAGUCCCUGAGCGCGAGAUAAAGCGAAGUCGUAGGUAGCUAUCUUCUUGUCUAUCACCGCCGAGUCAAGACGAGUGCUGCUGUCUGUUCGAGGAGCCACCAGCAUCACCACGCGUCACAUUUCUGCAUCAGUCCACGGUAGCACUCCCAGCGCGACGCACACUCCACAAUAACUUCUCGUUCAAUUGUAUCCGGCGUUAUUUGCGGUGGAGUUUCAUUUUGAUCGACUGCCAAACGAGGCGGAGUAUAGACCUACUACUUCCUAUGAUAGCAAACGGUGCGGAUUGGGGGACGCGGUAAAGCGCCAUAGGCUGUGACUUUUGACUUGUGUGUGUUGUGUGAGCGAGUUCUCCUCCUUUUUGCUGGUUGGCGUUGCUUGCUCCCUUUGGAUAAGUCUCGCGCUCGUGUCGAGUGUGUGUGGAGAUGAUAGAUCGUCCAUGUAUAUGGGUAACGUGCAAGCUGUGACUUCAAGAUCCAAAAACCAUUCAGCAACGUCUUCAAUCAAAAAAUCUUCAAUGUGGGAAAUAGAGAUGUAUUCUGUUCGAAAUCGAGAUGAGCCAAGUUUCUUUGAAGUGUGUGCCAGCGUUUGCUAAACAUUUACCUUGGUGCGUUCAAACAAAGACAUUAUCAGUCCGUCAUCUCCUUCGUCUGAACAACCAAUGAAGGGAGCUUAUUCCCACUCCUAAAAACCAUGGCAACAAUUCCAGCCUAUGACCACUUAGUUACUGACUCGGUUAUGGCGGGAUAUUCAUUGAACGAUACAGCCUCUACUGUGAUGGUUCCGACUGGAUUACCGUCAACGCUAGAGGGCGCACCCAACGCAACGACGUCCGUCACUUAUUUUAGUGAUGGGGAGAAUAGAUUGUCAUUCUAUGGGGGGUUCCAGCUGAUUGUGCUCUGGGUUCUAUUCGGGCUUACUGUGAUUGGUAACUCCACUGUACUCCUUGCCGUCUACGUCAUCAGACACAAGAAGUCUAGACUCAACUUUUUCGUCGCCCAUCUUGCCGCAUCAGACCUUUUGGUUGGUAUCGUCAACAAUGGCUAUGAAGUGCUAUACAGAUACUUAGGAGAGUUUUAUGGCGGGAUGGUCUUCUGUAAAAUCAUUCGCUUCUCACAGGCAUAUGUAAUAAACGCAUCGUCAUUUCAACUGGUUGCCCUGAGUCUGGACCGGUUUUUUGCUAUUGUAUUCCCGAUGGAUUUUUCUGGAAGUGGUAAGAGGGCGAAUUUGAUGGCGGUGACGGCGUGGAUCGCCCCGUUGUUCGCCUCUAUACCAUCUGCGAUUGUUUUCGAGGCGGCAGUGGAUAGUUGGGGGAAAACACAUUGUAUACCACCACCUCUUGUACCCGGAAGUUGGCAGUACAAGGUGUACACGUUAUAUGUGGUGUCUGGUUUCUUCUACAUCCCCUUGAUCAUUAUCAGCACGUGUUAUAUAUUCAUGGUUAUCUCCAUCUGGAGAAGAAGCAAGUACAUGAUGGGGCAAAAACCAGAAAAAGUCAAAGGCAAAGCCGCCAAAAAUGCAUCUAAGGAGAAGGAACCGAUGAAACACAGAGCCAGUUCAAGAGGUUUGAUACCCAAGGCAAAGAUCAAGACGCUCAAGAUGACUGUCUCAAUCAUCGUUGCUUUUAUCGUGUGUUGGUGUCCCUUCUCAGUAUUCUACACAUUAGAUGCCUUUGGAGUGAUCUUUAUCGAUGAAGCAAACCUUAACACUGCAUUCCGUGCGUCAGCCUUCAUCCAGAACUUACCUUUUCUCAACAGUGCUAUCAAUCCUUUCAUCUAUGGAAUGUUUAGCACUAAUAUCUGUCAAGAACUAAGACGAUUCAGCGUGAUCAACUGGAUGGCGACGAAGCUGCGUUGCUGUAAAUCAUGGCGGCCCUCCAGGUACGGACGCUCUACUACACUGCGUACAGACACUAACCUGACAGACAUGUCUGAGGGCGCUAGUGGCACACACCGAGGACACACUCGACCGUUGUACGUGUACACACCAGGAAGGACGAGCAACAGUGAUCACUCCAGGGAUCUGUCCAAUAGUGCUAUGUAAUUAUUAACUAUAGCGCAGGGAGCAAUACCUGUCAUGGCAGUAUAACGCCACUGGGCUUAUGUAUGACUAGCGCAUGGGCCGUGAGACCAAUACCUCUUACCACCAUGUUCUGUCCUGGCAACCUAACGCCAUUGGGCUUAUAUAGUAAGUAAAACGGCCUCACAGGCGAACGUUAUUUGGUGAACGUUGCGACCUAAGGCUGUUUAACACUAUUCCCAUGUUUUUAUCCGCGACGGGCAAAAAGACAGGUGAUUGCUUUUCAAAAUCAGUGAUUUCAUUGGAUAUAACAAUUUCAUUGGAUAAACUAGCAGUGACGUAAGCUGUCUUUGUAAGUUUUGGUUUGUCCGUGGUGACAUUUUGAAGCUGCACACGGUCGUCUGCAUAUGAAUGUAGGUGAAUUGUGAUUAUGGAUGGCGUAAAUCACGAGCCUCGACGUCAGACGUUCAGGCUAGUUUAAUACCGAGGCACAUACCGACUUGUGCCCUCACACGGUAUUAUUCUACCAUGUUAAACAUUACGUCUGACUGCUGCACUCUUGGUGGUUUGAUAUGACAGAUGAUCUUGCCCGGAAAGAACCUCUGCUGCCCUCAAGUGGUUAGCUUGAGAAAAACCGUUUUACCAUUCUUGAAAAUGCAAACUUGCAAGAACGGACUAAAAUAAUACAAAUAACCGAAAAGCCGUAAAUUCAUACAAAACAAAUUCUUAAAAACCAUACCGGUUUUCGGUAAAGGUUUAUUCGUGAAAACAGGAAGGGAAAGGAUUCCCACCAUUAAAAAUGACAAACGUGGAAAUGUCAUGCGCUUCUUUACGCAUUCGGCAUGUACUAAAAGUGUAAAAUAAUUAAUUGGAAAAAAACGUGUCCAUUUAUUGGAAACUUUAUUUUAAAUUUGGUCAAAUGUAUUCGAUUUUAGUGAGGCAAGAAACACUGUCAUUUUUAGUUGUGAUACAAUAUUGUAUAAGUUUUGUAUUGUGAUUUCAAACAAUGAUCAUGUUUUGGGGGUUUUUCGUGAACAAAAUACAAAGUAUAUAUAUUGACAAGUAGUUUUUUGAGAGAAACAUUUAUUAUAUAAAAUACAGUACACAAAAUAUUUUGAAUAGCUUGAUGUGUACUGUAAUUUCCACUCCCAUUCAGUGCUUAUUUAGACCGUUUCAAAAUGUCAUAAUACAGUCUUAUUUUCAUACACUCAUCCGAUCAGUUCAUUUCUUGUUUUCUUUUCUCUUUCUAUUUGUAAAAUUGUUGUCGUUACUCAUAUUACUCGCAUUAAAGUUUGUGUUCUUUUCAGUUCCAAAACUAAAUAUUCCAUUAAAGUUUGACGAGAUGUUUGACUGUGUGAUGGUUUUAGUGUACAAUGUUGAAUGGUUCUACAAGUCUUUGAAACAAUAACAUAAUAACUUGAGAGGUAAAACACGUUUUAAUUUAACUAAUACGCCAACCGUAUCACUUUAAUCUAAGUCACCAUGUUAUAAUUAUACCAAUGUUUUACAAUACUCUAACCUCCAUAUCAUGACGUGAUAAAUGUCAGGUUAUUAUGCCUAUUUGUAAUAUUACUGUGGAUAUAAAAGUUAACAGUACAACUUAUCUAUGAAGGAGUAUAGUUAUAAACUUACUAUGAACAUUAAUUUAUCGAAAGUUUUGGUCAUCAUUUUCAUUAUAUACAGACGACGAGACACACCAUAAUAGGCAGCAACGUUCUGCUCAAAGACUACCACUUUUCGGACUUGAAUUAUAAGUUAUGUGCUUCCUGUACGAUUUCCAUUUCAUAGCGCUGCUAAUUUUAAACACAUCAAAAGGUAUGCUCAUCUUCCGGUGCUUACUGCACAAAAAUGAAUGCCGUGACAUUACACAUCCAUGGUGAACGCACUUGUAAGAUGACCACCAAUGUGUUUUGCUAAAACCAGUAAAAUACGUUUACCCCUUAGCAACUUUGUUCUACUACAGGCACUUACCGUUUAGCAUUGCUAUGAAUUUUUACCAUGGUGUGCGUCUAAAUGCGUGCGUGUCGCUUAACAUUUUGCACUUUAUACACAGUAUACACGGGAAUUUGACUCCCAAAAAUGGCGCGAUCAAAGUUUUAUUCUGAGAGAAUCACAUUGGGUUAUGCGG